AUCAUGGAAGAUACUCAAAAUUGUAAUGAAACUCAGAGCGUGAAGUCUCUUGAUGCUCUAGAUUCAAAAUGUAAUAAAAUAAUCUUAUCUUACUUGUCAGAUCCUGAAAUCUGACAAGUCAUUCAGUCUAAUCGUAACAUGUAUGAUGUCGGAAGAGAGCUCUGUAAAGAUGAAUACUUUGAAAAAGGAUACCAGACCAUGAAAUUUAAGAAAAGAAGGCAAGAGAUAGACCAGCUCACAGAUGAACAAAUCUCUAACAAGUUCAACUUUGUCAAAGAGUACGGAGAUGUAGUCACUAGAACUGUGAAGACUGUAAAUGCUAACAUCAAACUAGAUCCUACAGAAGGACAGAGAUGAUUAGAAGAAGCUAAAGUUGGUAAAAUAGACUCUCUACAAGGAAAAGGAGUCUUCUCAAUGCAUUGUGGAGGAUUUGCUAAUGCUGCUCAAUGAUUUGAUGGAACUGCUUUUGUUACUCUAGAUCAUGAACUUGAGAGUUGCUUUAAAGAGGUUAUCAAUGAAUCAAUCAACUAUAUUCCUGAAGGAUCUUGUGUUAUCCAGAUCGACUGCGGAUCUGCAGAUAUAGUGUACAUAUCUGCGGAUGAUGAAAAUGAAAACUUUGGAACAGUUUACUCGAUUACCAAAAAUGAAGAGGAUGAGAUAAAUGAUCCAAUCGAUAUCAACCUUCCUGAUAAAGCCAAGUGAGUCUGUGCAUCAGUAUCCCGACAGUUUGCAGCAACCAUCGAUAACAGAGUCUAUUGAUGGCUUCCUCAUGCUGAUUGCAAGCCAUUUGAAAUCAAAGGGCUUUUUAAUGAUGACAACGAGUAUGAUGAAGAUGGAGCAAUUAUUGAGGAAGAUACUAAAACUGAUGAAAACUCUGAAGAUGAUGAAGAGAAGCUGACAGAAGAACAGAAGGAAAUUAGAGCUGAAGUUCAAGAAAUCGACAGGCAAUUUAGAGCCAAAAUUAAAGAUGAAAGCAAAAAUAAAGUCAUACAAAAAAUUGUAUGAGGCAAUCAUUUUCUUCUGGUUUUAUAUAAAUCAGGAGAACUUUUCAUAGUAAAAUUUGAUGAAGGCAAUAAAGAAGAACUAACUGCAACUAGAAUCAGUGAGUUUAGAAAUAAGCAGAUCGUUGAAAUUGAAGCAAGCUAUACCCAUUGGAUUGCCUUUGAAAAUACAGAAAUUAAACCAAUUACAGAAUGGAAUGUGAUGGAAACAGCUAAUUGGAUAAAAACAGUUGGAUUCAGAAAGUGAUCAGAUUUAGUGAAAUAUCAUGACAUAGAUGGUAAAACUCUUUACAACGCAGAUACCGAACUAAUGGAGGACCAGCUUGAAAUCUAUGACCCAAUGUACCACAAAAAGCUGAGAUACGAGAUAAACCAGAUGACCCAUCCCAAAUUCACUCCUAUCUUAUACGGUUGGGGGUCUAACCAUUUCGGUCAGCUUGGGCUGCCUGAAAAAUCUUACACAAGUCCUACCCAAAUCCCUUUACCUCCUCUCUCUUACAAAGACGACUAUAAAAAUCUCCACCGAUCGAAAUUCGCUUGUGGUCGUAGAAAUACGGCUCUUCUCACCAAGAAAGGUGAAUUAUGGAUUUGAGGAAACUUCAGAAACGAGCCAAGCAAGAAGCCUAAGAAAGAGACUAGGAAGCCAAGCAAUGAUGAAGAAGAGAUGGAAUUUAAACCAAUUAAAUCAAAGAAAGGCAAGCAAUCAAAACAAGAGAAACAUGGCAAGCAUGCCAAGCAGGGAAAGAAAGGCAAGAAGAAAACAAGCGAAGUGCAUGAAGAAGAACAGCCUGAUUAUCAGGAGGAUAGAUAUAAGCAUAAGAAGGGGAAGAAUCAGAAGAGAGGCAAGAAAGGCAAGCAUUAUCAUGAAGAAGAAAAAGAACUAGAGGAAGCUAAAUCUGCUCCUGACCAUUGAUUUAUAAAUUUCACUGAACUGUUUAAUCAAGACUCAAGAAUACCACUUAAAAUAAGAAGCAUUAGCUUGGGAGUUCUAAGCUUUGCAGUUGUCUUAUCCACAGCUCAUGAAUUACCUAUGAAAGUUGAUCAUAAAGGAAAGAAGGAUUUAUCAAAGAAGAAAAUGCGCACCUUAGAUACUAUCUUGAAGCAUCUAAAGAAAAACACAGAGUCUGAUGAACUUUCAUCUUUCAGUGUUGUGUAUAUAGAUCGUUUCAAAGGACACUUGGAGAUUCCUCUACAAAAAUUCUUAGAAGAAUCUGAAAUCCCUCAACAUAGGGUAGAGAAGCUCAGAAAGGACACAGAAAUAGUUUGGGACAAGGUCGAACGCAUUGAUACUCUUCAUAUCUAA